UAGAUCCACAUAAUAAGUUUGCAUCUAAAGGAUAUCGUAUCGGAUACCUAUCCCAGAUAGAGUUGGCGAAAAAGACGGACUAGUAUGGCGUGCUUUCACGUGACCACCCUUUCUUUCCAACAGGGUUUAUAGAAAAUAUAGAAGAGAAAAAUAAAAUAAGACAAAGAAAUAAGAAAAUAAGAAAACUUGCUGCUUACCUAAAUCAGUGUAAAUACAGGUAAUUUAUUAUUUAUUAUUUAUUAUUUUUUAUCUCUGUUUCUUGGCGCCCAAUAAAACCCCUUCCAUUAUUUUGCCUUAGGGAGUUGGAGGUAUAAGUUAUAACAUAAAACUCAAGAGCAUGGCUGUAGUCGGCGUACUUCGCCCGCUUGCUCGGGCCCCGGUCCGGAGGCUUGCGAGAACCUACGCAACUUCGAUACCGUCGAAGGCCCACCAUCGGGUGGUUAUUGUCGGUGGAGGUUCGGCCGGAGUCACUGUUGCCGCUCAAUUACAACGGAGCACGGAUCUGGAGAAGAAAGAUAUCGCCAUCCUAGACCCUGCACAAACUCACCACUACCAGCCAGGAUGGACACUUGUCGGUUCCGGGUUGAGGGACCUUGCAGACAUGCACAAGCCCUUGUCGUACGUCAUUCCGGAGGGCGUGAAGCAUUAUCCCCUGAGAGUGUCCACCUUUGAUCCCGCAAACAACGCGGUGAAGACGGCUGAAGGUGUCGACGUCUCAUACGACUACCUCGUAGUAGCUCCAGGUCUCGAGACAAACUUUGCCGGCAUCUCAGGUCUUGAGCAAGCUCUACAAGAUCCCGCCAGCCAGGUGUCGUCUAUCUACUCGGACAAGACGGUCGAGCAAGUAUGGAAAAACAUCAAAGACUUCAAAAAGGGGCAGGCUAUCUUCACUCAGCCUGCAGGUAUUAUUAAAUGUGCGGGCGCUCCUCAGAAGAUAAUGUGGAUGGCCCAUUCGCAAUGGGAAAGGUAUGGGGUUCGAAACAAUGUCAACAUCGCCUUCGCGACUGGCGCUGCUAGCAUGUUUGCCGUCCCCAAGUAUUCGCAGGCACUUGAAGAGUUGCGCAAGGAGCGCAAUGUUGAGGGCCUUUUCCAACAUAACCUAGUUAAGGUAGACCCGAAGAAAAAGGUGGCAACGUUUAAGAAUUUGGCGGAGGGUACCAAUGGAGCGCUGGUCGAGAGAGAGUUCGGCUUUCUACAUGUUGUCCCGCCCCAAAAGCCUUGGGACUGGGUUGCUAAGUCCCCGCUAGCCGACGCUGCAGGUUGGGUUGACGUGAAUAAGUCAACUACACAACAUACCAAGUACAAGAACGUCUUUUCCCUUGGCGAUGCGUCUAGUCUUCCGAACAGCAAAACCGCGGCAGCUAUCACGUCGCAAACGCCGGUUUUAAUAGACAACCUUUUAGCCGUCAUGAAAGGUGAGGAGCUCAAGGCGUCGUACGACGGCUACGCGAGUUGCCCCUUACUAACUGGCCACAACGAACUCAUGCUCUGCGAGUUCAAAUAUGGCGGCGUGCCCAAGGAGACGUUCGCAAAUAUAUUCGGGGGCCAGGAGACGCCCAGCCGGUUAUACUACCACCUGAAGAAGGAUUUCUUUCCGUUUGCUUACUGGAACUUCUACGUAAAAGGCACUUGGUUCGGUCCGCACGGAUUUUUGCGCCCUGAUACCACAGCAAAUUAAAUGUAAAUCCGAUUACCCCUUUUGUAAUAGUUAGCUUACCUGAAUAAAUAAUAUACAAUAGGCCUAUUUUGCUAUCAUGCACUAAUUUCUUUUCUUUUAUUUCGACCAGGAGGGUUGAUGCUAAACAGAUACGAGGAAAGAAUGUGUCUUCAGUCACAGGAACUCCACUUAUACCGAUACUUUUGUAGGAACAGUAGCCUAAAGCUGCAAGGGCCUUUUAACGUGUAGACGUGUCCAAGGUAUCAAUACAUAGGACAAUAAAAGGGGUUAUCUACCUAGAUACCCCUAGGGGUAACAUUUCCGUUGAGCGUCCCGGGGGAAAGAAAAAGUCUCGCCGGAUAACCCGGACAUCCACGUGGGAUCUGUCAGCCUGUCCUCGGUCCAGUCCCAGGCUGCCAGGAUAGCCCAAACCAGACGGUCACGUCUAUUACGAUAUGCACGUUUCGCACCUAGUAAUUCAUACACGCCUGAACACUAUCGGAUUCCUGGGCCCCCCAUGUGAGUGUCCACCGCGUGUCUGGAUACA